UUGUAUCCAGCUUCCAAAGACAAUUAUCCAACUCGAGCUUUUUGGGUUGUAGGCUUCUUUGUGGCAUCAGAGAAUCUUGUUGGGAUGCCGAUGGAUAUUCAAGCUCGAAUCGGAAGCAUAACAUCCUCCCGCAGCUUCUGCUCCAGAAAGCAUAAAUCAUCGUCGUCGUCGACUCAUUCUUUUUCAAACCUUUACUUCCCUCUCAGAUUGCUCUGUUCCAGAAGGAAUUUUCAAGAACCCCCGGAAAACGAUAAUAACAGCAAUAAAGGUGAUAAAUCCUCCACAGACUGGGACAAGGCGUGGUCAAGCUUUAGAAAGGGAGGGAAAAAGACCUUCUUCUCACAGUUUUCUCCCGACAAGUACGUCAGCUGGAAUCCUAGGCGUUCAGAUUACCCGCUGUCCGAGGAAGUUGAUCCCAUCAAGAGAACAGAGAGGUCGAACCUCAUGUUAUGGACUGGUCCGAGGUUUACUCUAACAGUGGCCAUUGUGAUUGUCACAUUUCUCUUAGUCUUCACCAUUCUUGCCCCAGUCAAGUGAUCAUUAUUUUACUUCAUUAUAUAAGGAAGUAGGCGUAGGAAUAUUGGAGAUAUGUAUAUUUUCUGUAAAUGCAAUCACUUUUUAUUCUUGAUUUAGGCCAAUAAGCUUUCAUAUGCAUUGGCAUUCUGUAUUUGGCUAUAUAUAUAUAUAUAUAUAUCAAUGAUAUUUAUAAUUAUGAUGUAAUGAAGCAUGUGAUGCACAUGCUCUCCAACGAGUAGGUAUUGCCUUUCUUCUUUUGUAUUCCUCUCCAAACAGUUCCUGCAUUCUCCUUCCAUCUUAAGGAUCCUCGAUCUCCGAGGCUGUGAAAUGAAUUGCUACAUGGAUAGCGUUAGUUUGUUGGUA